AAGACUUCAUAUUGAAGCUUUUAUCUGGUAUCUGUAAUAUAUCGUGCAAUUUAUUGUUACCGUCCACUUUCGUUAGAGCAGAUGGUACUCGUUCUCGAGGCAUUAAUUCAAGACCCCUAAAAAACAAAGGCAUAUGGCAUAUCCAGUCUUGUUGGACCUGUAGUCACUGUCUUUAGUAUGAUGAAGAGGUUGAGGGUAUGCCGACAGUUGUGCUUGAAUUUUACUGUUUAUAAGUAAAAGAUAUAGAUUAUGAAUCAAUAAAAUAAUGUCUUUGUGCUUGCGUUCUAUUUCUAUUCCAAAUAAAUUUACAUCACUUGUUAAUACACCUCGGCAAGUAACAAGGCUCAACCAUACGUUAUCCGAACAUGUUAAAUUGUCUUUGUUUUUAAAAGAGUUUUUAGGUAUGCAAGCAAAAAUGAAUGUGGUAGUGAGUUCCUCUAAAAGUUCAAUGAACCCUCUAAUUUCUUUAUUGGAACAAAAUAUACCAACUACAUUCUUUAAAACUCAAAUAGGAAAGCUAAAGAUAUGCAAUGAAAAAUAUCAUUGCAAUAAACAACAAACAUUGACAUUGCAUCAACAAAAGAAAAUAAAUGAGAUCACAUCAACUAAGUGGAUAUUUAAGAACACCUUACCUAGCAGUAAAAGGGAAAGAAUUUUAUAUUCUAAUAUAUCUCCUAAUGUAAAAGAUGUAAAUGAAAAACAACCUGAGGAUCGUAAAUCACCUAAGGAACAUUUAAGCAAUGUAUUUAAACAUCUUCAGCGUGAUUUACCAUUACUAUUUAUUAAAACAAUGGAUUUUAAUAUAUAUACAAACGAUUUAAUAUUUAUAAACAACAUUAGAGGAACAACAACUACAGGUAUUGUGCAUUAUAUAAAUCAAAUAUCAUUAUUAAAACUAGUAGGACACAUUAAAUAUGCUUAUGUUAAAUUGAAUAUUUUAAAAAUGACGAUGCACCCCGAGGAUAAUACCGUUAAAAUUCGGUGGCGUAUAGAAGGUGUUUCUAAUGCAAAGGUACUUCUUUUAUUUUGGAAAUUUAAGUUUUGGAAUAUGAAAGACCAGACAGAGGGUGGACCAACGUGGUACGAUGGAUUUUCUACAUUUUAUGUUAAUAAUGAUGGUAAAAUAUAUAAACAUAUUGUGGAUAAAUUGAUGCCUGAUCAAGAACAAGAAAAGCUAAAAACUCCUAUUGAACCAAAACUGGCUUUAUUCACUUCUUUGUUAAGCUUGAACUUAAAUUAUUUUGAUAAAGUUUACUUAAAAACAUACAUCCUCGAUUACUUCAAGUAAAGUAAAAGAGCGAAUAAAAAAUUUGUACGUCAUUAUAUUAGAUAAUUAAAAUACGCCAUCAGUUUUGACACACUCAGCUUAACUAUAUUUGUAGAGCCACACAUGGAAGUCAAAGCGCACGGUAUGAAUCUUACUGUUGUGCGUAUUUAUAAUGAAUUAUAGCUCUUUAAAAAAUGUUUUCUAAAAUAUUAUUUAAUAAAUUGCAGUAAUAAAAUUUCAGAAAUAUAAAUACACUGCUUGUAUAUUAAUAUUCUUAAAUUGCAUUUGUAAUUGUGAUAAAAAGAAAUUACUAAAUAGAAAUUAUAGAAGAGGAGGAAAUUUAGGUGAAGUGUCGUAGAAAAAAUGAAUGUCAAUUUAGUUUUUUGUUUUUUAAUGGAUAUAUCCAUUAAUAACAUUCUACGUAAUAUUUAUUUUUUUGCGACGUGAUAACGAUUUCCGAGACGAAUAAAACGACCUAGAUACAAACUGUUUAAACUUUGAAAGAUAACACAAGGAUGAAACAGAAUGAUUUGGACUCGAUAAACAUUUAGAACAUUUAGCCAAAAACCAAGUAUCAAUUAUUCGUUGUUAAUUAACUGAAUACAAUAAUAAAAUUAUAUUUAACGUUAAGUAUGCGAAUCGUAUUAUAGUUAAAAUUUUGAUGUAACAAUAAUUAUCAAGAGACAUAUGUAUCUUAGGUUGUUAAAUUCGAUCGUUACAUUUCCAACUAUUAUCAAUAUUCUUUAUAAAUCAUUUGUAUAAUAUAAAUUAGUUAAAGACAUUGUA